UCAUUUCGCUAGGGUUUUUCGGUUGCCUCCUCGUCUCCAGAAACAGACUAGAGAGAGUGAGGGAGAGAGAGAGAGAGAGAGGAGAGAAGCAGAGAUGAAGACGAUCCUCUCGUCAGAAACCAUGGACAUCCCCGACGGGGUGAAGAUCACUGUCAAGGCGAAGAUGAUCGAGGUGGAGGGCCCGCGGGGGACCCUCACUCGCAACUUCAAGCACCUGAACCUGGACUUCCAGCUCAUCAAGGACGCGGAGACGGGCCAGAAGAAGCUCAAGAUCGAGUCGUGGUUCGGGUCGAGGAAGUCCACCGCCGCCAUCCGGACCGCGCUCAGCCACGUCGACAACCUCAUCAAGGGGGUCACCAAGGGGUACCGGUACAAGAUGCGUUUCGUGUAUGCUCAUUUUCCUAUUAACGCUAGCAUCACCAACGGGAACAAGGCCAUCGAGAUCCGUAACUUUCUCGGUGAAAAGAAGGUGAGGAAAGUUGACAUGCUUGAAGGAGUUUCGAUUCUCCGGUCUGAGAAAGUUAAGGAUGAACUCGUUUUGGAUGGAAAUGAUAUUGAACUUGUUUCUCGGUCUGCUGCCCUGAUUAACCAAGUACUUAACCCUCUCUUCUCUCUUACAAGCUUUUGUUUGCAUUUUGCACAAUCCCAUCUCUGCUCUUAUAAUUGCAUUUUCAUGAUUCACCAUGCAUUACUUGCGCUCCUGACAUUGUUGUGUGUUUAUCUUUCAGAAAUGUCAUGUUAAGAACAAAGAUAUCCGGAAGUUCCUUGAUGGUAUUUACGUAAGUGAGAAGGGAGCAAUAGUUGAGGAAGAAUGAUUAGUUUGUUAGAAGUAAUAGCCUGUGGUUUCCAUUCUGGUGCUGCUGUUGGCUAUAGAUGCUAUCUUUAUAUGCUCAAGUUUUUGGACACCGUAUUUGUUUGAAGUUGAAUUUACAAUUUUGCUUUUUUCAGAGUUCGUUGUGUUAUGACGAUCUGGUUGGAUUUGCUAGCAUUUAUAAUCUUCCCAAUGUGUUCCUCUGGA